AUGGAGGCAGACCGAGAUUUUAGCAGCAUCGUCCAUUCACCGCCAUUCACCUUCCUGGUCGGUCCCAACCACACCAAGCUUACCAUCCAGGCUGGUCUCGCCCGUCAUGUCUCUCAGCCGCUCGACCAUCUUAUGAACAGUGGUGAAACCCGGGAGUCGAAGCAUCACAUUGCCGUACUCGAGGACGAAGAUGUCGAGACUUUUGUCGCUUUCUGCGAGUAUGCCUACACAGGAGACUACCGCGUCCCUCCCCCAGGGUCGCGUGAAGAAGACCGAGAUGAUCAGCGGGUGAGCAAUCCCUUUCGCGGAGUCUUUGGGAAAGACUCCCCGCCCAGUCCACUGCGGACGAUUCCUCCGCGUGCUCCAACACCCCCCAGGAGUUCUUCGAGGGAAACUCACGACCGUCCCGGGGCGGGCGUGUACGGGGGUUCUGGUAGAGAGGACGAUGAUUGGGAAUGUGCAAUCGCGCCAGACGAGGAGCCUUUCAUCCCAGGGCAGGACUUGAGACCUGAGUCUCGAGAACCUAGUGAUCAGCCUCAGAUCGCCCCUGUCGUGGAUGGUAAGGGGGAGGAAGACGCCUGGGAUGCGGCGGAUGAUGAGGCAGUCAAAGGUAAGAAAGGCAAGAAGAACAAGAAAAGCAGCAACAAGAAGAAAAAGGGCGGUGCUUCGGAGGUAGCGACGCCUAAGUUGACACCCCCUUCCACGCCACCUCCUGAAAAUUCGAGACCCGAGGACGAUUCCAACCCGGCGGCGGAAACGGGCGCAGUGACGGAGCAAUGGGGGGCAAAUUAUGCCUCAGUAGAGGCGCCGGGUACUACAGACUCGCAUUCGUAUACAGAGAGCUGGGAACAGACAGCGGCCAAUCCUCCAACAGAAGCUGAUACCAAUAAUGCCGACGAAGCUGGCGCUAGAGACACAGCCCAAGCACCGAAGCAAGAGGAGAAGCACCAGAACCACGACCAGACGGGCAGACGACUGGCUGGGCCGAUGAUUGACACCUCCUUUGCCAAGCAGCAGUACUCUCGUCUGCACGAAAAGGGCAGCAACCUAUGGGAUGAAUUCGCCGCCAUUGACUACGUCGACCCGCGCUCCUGUCUCAGCAUCAGGUCUCCCAGCGCUAUGUCAUCCCACUCGCCCUACGAACUGCCGUACUUGGUCUUUCAUGCCAAGCUCUAUGUCUUCGCGACACGGUAUCUGAUUCCGGCGCUUGCUCAGCUCUGUCUUCGCAAGCUGCACCGAGACCUGCUAUAUCUUGGCUUUCCGGAGAACAAUCCAGUGGAAGAUGAUGAUCAUCAUCUUCUGGCCAGCACCAAAGCUCGAAAAGUGCUGGACCUGCUGCACUAUACGUACACCAAGACCACCAGACUGGAGCCGAUCACUCCGACCUCUGCCACCCAACUGCGGGACAACGAGUUACGCAAGCUGGUUGUGCACUAUGCGGCGUGCAAGGUGCGGGAUCUGGCUUCGUACUGUCCACCAGUCGAUAGCGAUCUGGGUUCUCCAUCAAGCAUUUCUCAGAAGCCGUCGGCGCAGGGUUUGCGGGCCUUACUCGACACUACGACGGAGCUCGCCUCCGAUCUCGUAUACCGUAUGAUGUGA